GCCAUAAAUUGGAAAUAAAUUUUCUAUUAUGUAUGGUUUAUUGCUGGAGAACUUGUCGGAAUACGUGAAGACGGUAUUUGGAGAUGAAAAGUGGGAAGAGAUACGUAGACAAGCUGGCAUUUCAUCACCUUCUUUCGGUGUUCACGAUGACUAUGACGAAGAAUUACUUCUUCACUUGGCAACAGUUGCACAACGAAUCCUUGGUGUAUCCGAAAGAGAAUUCAUGGAUCAAAUGGGAGUUUACUUUGUGAAUUUCGUAAGCCAAUAUGGAUACGACCGAGUUCUUUCGGUGCUUGGUCGGCACAUGAGAGAUUUUCUCAACGGCUUGGACAAUCUCCACGAGUAUCUCAAAUUCAGCUAUCCGUUGAUGAGAGCGCCGUCAUUUUUUUGUGAGAAUGAAACACGACAUGGAUUAACGCUUCAUUAUCGCACGAGAAGAAAAGGUUUUGUUUACUAUACUAUGGGACAGAUCCGACAAGUAGCGAGACAUUUCUAUCAUAAAGAUAUGCAAAUUGAAUUAAUAAAAUCGGAGUUUCUGGGAGAAACGAAUCAUUACACAUUUCAAUUAAUAUUCGAUAAUCGAGCUUUUUCCUUGGCUUCACUCGCGAUGACACGAGAAGAAAAGCAUUUGCCAAUAAGUGCUUCAGUAUUAUUUGAGAUUUUUCCGUUCUGUAUUGUAUUCGGAUCCGACAUGGUGGUACGAAGCAUAGGCAACUCGUUAAUGGUUAUUCUGCCAGAUCUACUGAAUAAGAAAAUCAUAGACUGGUUUGACUUGAAGCGACCACUUAUUGCCUUCAAAUUUCAAACAAUACUCAAUAGGACCAAUAACAUAUUCGAACUAGUAACUGUUAAGGAUGUUAAAGCAGGUGAUCAACGAAAAUCAGAGCAAUUGAUGUUGAAAGAUUCAGAUUCUGAAGAAGAAUUAGAACGAAAGCUUACGUUGAAAGGUCAAAUGAUUUACAUGUCAGAUUGGCGACUGAUUAUGUUUCUCGGCACACCGGUUAUGCCAAAGCUCUCAUCACUCAUAUCAACCGGACUUUAUAUCAACGAUUUAUCAAUGCACGAUUUCAGCAGAGAUUUAAUGUUAGCUGGCACGCAACAAUCAGUUGAAUUGAAGCUCGCUCUCGAUCAAGAACAGCAAAAGUCAAAAAAGCUUGAAGAAUCUAUGCGAAAACUGGAUGAAGAAAUGCGUCGAACAGAUGAGCUUUUGUAUCAAAUGAUUCCCAAACAGGUUGCAGACAGGCUCCGUCGGGGGGAAAAUCCAAUCGAUACUUGCGAAAUGUUCAAUAGCGUUUCGAUUCUGUUUUCGGAUGUUGUCACGUUCACUGAGAUCUGCAGUCGUAUUACACCCAUGGAAGUUGUAUCCAUGCUCAAUGCUAUGUAUUCGAUAUUUGAUACAUUAACCGAACGCAACAAUGUGUAUAAGGUUGAAACGAUUGGAGAUGCGUACAUGGUCGUGUCUGGAGCUCCUGAGAAGGAACAAAAUCAUGCUGAGAAGGUUUGUGAUAUGGCUUUAGACAUGAUUGAAGCUAUAACAGAUUUGAAAGAUCCAUCAACUGGACAGCACUUGAAAAUACGAGUUGGCGUUCAUUCGGGUGCUGUUGUUGCUGGAAUUGUAGGGUUAAAAAUGCCCAGAUACUGCUUGUUUGGAGAUUCAGUGAACACAGCAAGCAGAAUGGAAUCAACAAGUGCUGCAAUGAAAAUUCACAUAUCAGAAACGACGAGAAGCUUUUUACCAACGAAUUAUAAAGUUUCAGAACGUGGUGAGAUCGAGGUGAAGGGAAAAGGAAGCAUGAAAACAUAUUGGCUUGAAUAUCGUGAGAACCGCACAUCACUUUCACAAACACUUGAGAAUGAGCAUAACCACAGCCCCAUGAAAGCACUUGAGUACAACUUCGACCGUCGUAUGAGCAUGCCACAGUACAUGCUGCACAAUAAAGCUGAAAAUAACGUCGAAGAGCGAAGAGUUUAUUCACCUGUGACUUUUGAAGACGUUGCUAAACGAUCAAUUAUUAAUUCUCCAGUGAGAAAUAUUUUCAGUGCACGAGUUUCACGUUCAAACUCAACAGGUCAUGCUUACAUUCAAAGUCCAAGUGAUGUUUUUGGUGAUCUCAUCACAGAUACAGAAGAAUUCCUUGAAGAUUUACAAAAUCGAAAGUUUUCAGUAUCUGCAAGUAUUUUCUCACCGAUGUCAUCGCCACCUUUCAGUUGCGUUCCAUCACGUGCUUCAACUUCACGAGGAAAUAGAGUAACUGCUGGUCAGUUUACCGAGGAAGAGUUAGCACUUUUAAACUCGAAAAAUCCUGCAACGACAGCAACACCUGCAAACGAAAAAAGUUUAUCACGCAAACAGAAGCGUAAUUCAAAAAUAAAUCUCAAGAAUACAAAAUAUCCUGAUGAGUCUGAAUCGCAAAAGAAAGCUUUACAAAAUUUAGAUCAAAUGGUGAAAAAUAUUUACGAAACUGAUUUGCCUGGGAUGUGCUUUAUGCCGCCACCAAGUUCAAGAUCAGACGGAUACUUACAAGGCGCCUGCAACAACUAUUGCACAAGCAACUACCAAACGCAACAUUGUAUACCGAAUAGUCAAAGCUUUAACUGCUCUCAAAAUCAUCAGCAUGUGUGUUGUAAUGGUUGCACUCACCAUCGACCACAACAACAUGUUAAUGGUAGACAUCAUAAACUGCAUCAUCCGAAUGGUCAUUGUACAAUCUUGUAGGAGAUAAUUUACAAGUGUGAAAAGCAAUUUAUGAUGUGUGGUGUCGAUAAUAGAUGCACAAGUGUUGAUGAUUUAACAUUUGAGAUUAAUGACAAAUGCCGUUGAUAUUAAAAAGGAAACUUUCGAGUCAUGUAUUGUUGUGAUUGUGGAGUGUCUAUUCGAAGCGUUCUAAUUGUACUUAAUUGUUAAAAAGAAGAAAGAAAAAAUAUUGUAGAAAUAAAUGUAUUUAUUUAUUUAUUUGUU